AUGAAAACCUUUACUUUAUGUUUAAAAAUUUUUACAUUUCUUCUUUUAAUUUGGAUAUUCCCUUUUUUUUACAAGUAUGAUUCCAGUAAAUCUUUGAUUCAUAACGAUAACUUACAAACAAAAAUUGGGUUAAAACACGAAAGAAUGUUAGCAGGGGGAGAUAUAUCAGAAAAAAAAUCAUCUUAUAUUGAAGAAGAUAUAGAAAAUUAUACAUCUGGUGAUAUGGAUACUAGACUUGAUGAGCUGGUUUAUUUAAUGGACAUGUAUAUUAAAUGGUAUAACACUAAUAUUAGAAUAAAAGAUGUAGAUUAA